GUUCUUGAGCUUCGAAAAGCCCUGAGUAGAGCGCCCAGAGAGCGCCUCAAGACCGAACAACGACUUUUCCGGCUACCACCACCAAUGCCACUAUGUCUUCCUCGUUUUCUCUAGACGAAGAGGUUCGCCUGUACCAAACAAAUGCGGAAAGAGAAAAGUACAACUCUCUUGCUACGCUAUUUGGUAUAAUCACCGCGAUCCACUAUCUCGAAAACGCUUAUCUACGGGAUUCAAUCACUGCAGCAGAAUACUCGCCAGCAUGCUCUAGACUACUCUCACAAUACAAGACCAUGCUGAAACUCGUCGGAGAUGAUGUUCCUUCCAUCGAGGAAUUCAUGAAGAGAUAUAGGAUGGACUACUCUGCUGCACUAGAACGAGUCAAAGUGGGCGUUCCAGCAACAGUAGAACAUCCAACCGAUUCUGGCCCAGAGACCGCUAAAUGGGUAGCGGAGACGACCCAAAGCUUCAUAACAUUCAUGGAUGCUCUGAAGCUUCGUUUAAGAGCUAAGGAUCAGCUUCACCCAUUGCUUCAAGAGCUUGUGACAGGAUAUGCUCGCUUCAAGGGCAGCAAGGAUUGGGAAGGCAGAAGUCGGAUGGUCGGCUGGCUCAUCACCCUCAAUGGCAUGAAAGCUUCAGAAGAGAUUACCGAAGAACAGUCACGCCAAUUGCUAUUCGAUGUGGAUCAUGCUUAUGCCGAGUUCUUUCGCAGUCUGAGUGGCAAACCAAGUGAUCCUUCAUAAAGUUAUGCGUAUGCUAGAUCUAUGUAUCGUGAAAAUCAAUCACACCAGUGAUGUUGCAACCUCGAUCAACAUAUGGAACCUCCACCUAAGUUCUCGAGGUUAUUUACAUGAUGAUCCUAUCUUUUCCCCAGAUAUUGCUCCGAUACACUACCAUUCCAACAAGGAAAUUGAAACUCAAUCCACUGGAGCCCGACCCAGCGGAACCAAU